AUGUACAAGUACAAAGGUGCCUUCAACAUACAUGAAUUCAUCCUUGGCCACGGAGAUCUGUAUGUAAUGUACACAAGACUACGUGAGAACAAAACAUUCCAGCAGGUGGCCAAGCACCGUGUGCCCGCAUCUCUAAAAUCCAAAGGGUGGAGGAUUAAUCUGUCGUUUCGCGUAGUAGCAGACAACAACACCUGGACCCACCAUAUUGAACGUGCCGAGCUAGCUAAAGUGCUUGACAUUGCAAUCAUACCAUCUACUUCUGCGCACCGUGUGGCUCUGAUUCGUGACUCUACACUCGGCAUGUGGAGCUCUGUGGUUCGAACCGCACUCUUUGCCACCGCGGUGCCGGAUCACACAGUCAUGUUUGGCAAGCGCUACACCAACAAUGGUCGCUGCGUGGUCGACUGGUUCGAUGCCAUUAAGGGCGUUAAGUGUACACCGAUUCCUGAAGCCAUUGUAGGUCUUGUGACAUGCGUCGAAGAGAUUCUGGGGGCCGAUCGCUCCCAGAUUCUAGUACACGGAGUAUUCUCCAGCAGCGCCACGACUGUUGUUGUCCCCAGUGUUGUUGGUGGUACUAAUACAACGACCACGAGCGAGGAUGAUGGUACGGCCACAAACACCACGACUACAACCGGGGAGGAUACGCCUACAAAUACCGACACAGACUGCAGUCUCGUGCUCUCCUCCGACACGUCUGAGGCCAGUGUCAAGGCGGCCGUGGAGAGAGCCGGUAUGCGAAUCGAGGACUACAAACAGACACACGACUUUGAUCACUAUGCAAGUGUGCUGGACUCGCAGCUCAACGAACAAGUCAUGGAAUUUACGCUGCGCACCAACGACUCCAACGGCGCCGGAGACUCUCAGAAGCCGCGCAACGAGCUCACGGGACCGCCCGACGGGCCCAGCGCCACGUCGCUCAAGGUCAACGAUCACACAAUCCAGUACACGUUUGCGCUCAAGAUCGUGCCUCCCAUGGACACCGAGGACAGCUCUCUGCACCUUUACCAAGUGUUUAACAACGGGCCGAUCGCUGUGCUGACAGUCAACAAGAACAUGGUGGCGCAGUUCCACUCUCCUGGGGGCGUGUUCGACAACAUUGACUUGUUCAAAGUCAAGGAACACUUUGACAAGUGGUACAUGUACAUGAUCACGGCAAGGUUCAGUAAGACGGCUCCAUCACUGGAAUUCUCUGUAAAGUCUCUAGGUCACUCAGGUGCGGACCCACUGGCGGCCGUUAAGCCGCCGCUGAAAAAGGACAUGGCCAUUGCCAGCGGCAGCUACCUGAAGCCCAAGGUGGGGCUGUACUUUGUGAGAGACACGGGGCCCAAAGAGACGUUUACAACACGAGUAUCCAGAUUCAGAUGCCGUUUGCUAGAUUAG